AUGGGCCUCGAAGAACGACCCGCUGCGCCCGUCGGCACGAAUUCGUACCGCGUAUCCCGCCCGGCCAUUGUCGGACCAGAGGUCCCGCAGGCACCGUUUCCCAUCCUGCUGUCUGGACCGGUCCAGCACGGAUUCGGGCGCGGCGGCAAGGAUCUGGGCUGCCCCACAGCUAAUCUCCCGGACGAGAGCAUCACGCCGAUGAGCUCCAUCACCGAGUUCGGGGUGUACUAUGGGUAUGCUCAGGUCGCGAGGGAGAUGGAGGGCCAGCCUGUACUUCCGGAGGGGGAUGGGAAGGUCUUGCCGAUGGUGAUGAGUCUUGGGAAGAACCCAUUCUACAACAACGAGAAGUUGUCCGCGGAAAUUCACAUCAUGCACGAUUUCAAGGGAGACUUUUACGGAUAUGGGAUGAAGGUCAUGGUUUUGGGAUACAUUCGUCCAGAGCUCAAUUAUAUCUCUCGGGAGGCCUUGAUAGAGGACAUAGAAACGGACAAGCAGGUUGCACUGCGUUCGUUGAGCCGUCCAGGAUACAGCAAGUACCAGUUGGACGCCUUUUUCUCUCGCAUGAAUGAAGCGACACAGCCUAGACUGUAA